AUGAGCAGAGAGAUAGAUCAGGAAUAUAUCCGCUUCUCCAUCGCGGCGGACAAGACUGGAUCCAUCUUCUGGCGCGUUGAUUUUGCCCGCACCGCCAGUCCCAACGACGAGACAGAUACUGCCGAGGCGACCGGGAUUCCGCUGCACCAGCGACGACAACCGGUCGAGAUCGAAGACGCUACGAAUAUCUCCAACUUUGAGCGAAGAUGGAGGACUCUGACCCUACUGGCAGAGGAAUGGGGAUGGUUGAAUGGUUCCGUGCGAAUGAUAUCCCAAAAGCACCAGGCCCCAGUCGUCAUCUCAUGGGACAUCCAAUCAUCAGCUUGGGAAGCUCGAGCAGCGAAUCGACAUGGCAAUGGAGGUGACGCUGACGACAAUGAAAUGCAAGUUCAUCCAGUAGGCACAGCAACUGUGAAUGGAAGAACGUACCCCGUGUACAAGGAGACGGUGGAGAACUCGAUAUUUCCAGAUCCGCUGCAGGAAUUGCCCAUGUUUUAUGCCUCGUUCAUCCGGCCCACUGGCGAGAAGGGAUAA